AUGUCUGAUUCAUCGCUUCGAUCUGAUCCGAAAAUAUUUGAUCAAAACAUUAAUGUUAGCAUGCGAUACGCAAUUCCUUCAAGAAUCUCGUAUGGAAAUAAAAGCAUUAUUCGACUUCACAAAAAGGUUAAAUUAGAUUCAUUGGCUCCAAUUGUUAAAAAAUUCGUGGUUGACAGCACGAAUCAAAGAUCCUACAAUCUAUUUAAAACAAUAUUUUUUGAACGACAACGUUUUGCAUCUGAUCAUACUAACAUGUUUCGUAGAACACAUGAUGGAUGUUUAAUGUACAAGAAAAAUAAUUUACCAGCAAUCGGCUUCUUAGAAACAAUUAUUUCUUUCACUAAUGAUGAUGAGCCAGUUCUAGUUAUUCGACCAGUCAAUUUGAUUUCAACAGCAGACUCUAUGUUAAUAAAUGAUCGAAUAUAUAAAUGUAGUAAUGUAUUGUAUGGAACGCAUCAUGGAACAAUAGUCGAAGCUACUAAUUUAAAUUGUAUCAUUCAAAAACUAGCUUUUCGACCUGGGACUGAUGUUAAAUUUCCAUCUGCACAUAACUCUAUGUUUAUUUUUCAAUAUCCGAAUCGAAGUGGAAGCACUUGA